GAGCGUUGGGUGAAAUGUUUUGUCGCAAAUGUGGUGAACUUUCUAAAGAGAGCUGGCGGUAUUGUUUACAUUGCGGCACGAAGUUUACAUCUUUACAAGACAGUUGCAGUGGGAAACGAGCUUACGCGCUUUAUGACUUCGAUGCCCGAGAUCAUGAAGAUCUCUCUUUCCGCAAAGGCGACGUUCUAAUACUCAAAGACCAGAACAAUAUAAAAUAUGAAGGAUGGUGUUACGCAAGGCAUAACGACCCAAAAAACAAGAAUUUCCAGGCAGAGGGUUACGUGCAAUUGAAUUAUGUGGCCACUGAAGACAGCUGCAGUGAGAAACGAGCUUACGCGCUUUAUGACUUCGAUGCCCGAGAUCAUGAAGAUCUCUCUUUCCGCAAAGGCGACGUUCUAAUACUCAAAGACCAGAACAAUAUAAAAUAUGAAGGAUGGUGUUACGCACGACAUUACGACCCAACACACCAGAAUUUCCAAGCAGAGGGUUACGUGCCAAUGAAUUAUGUGGCCCUUGAAGAUAAAUCAGAUGACGAAGCGACUACAGCAAUGUCGUCGCUGGACAUUCAAGAUGAGAGCGAAUCCGAGGAUGGGCCGAGCGGCGCAGAAGCUACAACUACUGAUGCAGUAACACAAGAAUACGAAGAUUAUAAGUUGGGAAGUGAUAUUCUUGAUAACUUUGAUGUGAUAUCGGAUACCGAAACAGAGGAAUACAAACGAAUACUGAAGGAAACGGGAUACACAGCUCUUUGUGAAAAGUUAGAAGAGCCCACCAAUGGAUGGAAAAAGGUCCAAAUGAAUAUUGCUGUGACAGGAGAACCUCGCACAGGGAAGUCGUCCUUUAUCAACUCUAUCAGAGGGCUGAAAGCUGAUGAUCCUGGUGCAGCUGAAGUAUCCUUGUUCGAAACUACUAUGAAUCUGAGAUGUUACCCACACCCUGACAAUCCAAAUCUUCGGAUUUGGGAUUUGCCUUAA